CGAACAAGAUGAUCCCCUUGUUCUUACUUGCAUUGGUGGUCACAUCAUUUUGUAAACCAUAUGAGGUCAAAUAUGGUCAAAGCGAUUGGUCGGCUGCAAUACAGCCGAGUAAAUCUUUAGAUUACCAAUCAAAGUUCCAUAAACCAACGCACUACUUCCGAUCGAGUUACAAUGAUUUCCGGCCAAGUUACUAUAAUUUCCAACCAAGUAACCUGUUUAUAAGAGGCAAAAGAUCAGUUAAUGGUUAUCAGUUCACGUCUGGCUACUACCAACCAUAUACGUAUUACUCGCAGUACAGCUCUGACUAUUACACGUCUGACUAUUACCCACAUUACAGCUCUGACUAUUACACGCCUGACUAUUACCCACAGUACAGCUCUGACUAUUACCCACAGUACAGCUCUGACUAUUACCCACAUUACACGUCUGACUAUUACCCACAUUACAGCUCUGACUAUUACACGUCUGACUAUUACCCACAGUACAGCUCUGACUAUUACUCACAUUACACGUCUGACUAUUACCCACAGUACAGCUCUAACUAUUACACGUCUGACUAUUACCCACAUUACACGUCUGACUAUUACACGUCUGACUAUUACCCACAGUACAGCUCUGACUAUUACAGGCCUGUCUAUUACCCACAGUACAGCUCUGACUAUUACAGGCCUGUCUAUUACCCACAGUCUGACUUGCCUCGUCAUAGUGACAAUCCAAAUGAUUUCGUUCCAGAUUCUCAAAAUAAACAAGCAAUUCUUCUCGAGUUGGAAGAUAUAAAGAUAGAAGCUGAAGAAGCAGCCAAUGCUGCCAAAGAAACACACGAUAGAAUGAACGAUGGAAUAAAUAUCAUUGGAUAAUGAAAGGCAUUAAACCAUUUUGUCUCUA